AAUCUACUAUGUUAAUCAUUUUUAAGUUUACAAUUCAGUAGUGUUAAGUAUAUUCACAUUGUUGUGGUAUAUUCAGAAUGUUUUUACCUUACAAAACUGAAACUGUGUACCUGUUUAACUACUCCCCAUUUCUCUCUUCCCCAAGCCCACUGUCAACUACCAUUUACUCUCUCUUUCUAUGAAUUUCACUAUAUUAGAUACUUGAAGUCCCAGAUCAGCAUCCAGCAGAGUUGGUUUCUGGUGAUGACCCAGACUUGAAGGGAGUAACUAACUGCUGGUUUGAAGGGUUUGGAGGAGUCACUGAAGAAUCUUACCUGGGCUUGAAUGAUCAAUGUGACUCUAGAAACAAAUGGAUGAAUGAAUAUCCAUAUGAAGAGGAAAACAAUAGAGAAUAUCAACACCUUUGAGAACAGAAUGUUAAUGCUUGAUGGGAUGCCGGCAGUCAGAGUCAAAACAGAGCUUCUGGAAUCUGAACAAGGGUCUCCAAACGUCCACAACUACCCCGAUAUGGAAGCUGUUCCCCUGUUGUUAAAUAAUGUGAAAGGGGAGCCCCCAGAGGACUCGUUAUCUGUAGAUCACUUCCAAACACAAACUGAGCCAGUGGACUUGUCAAUCAACAAAGCCAGGACAUCUCCCACCGCCGUUUCAUCUUCCCCAGUUUCCAUGACAGCGUCUGCCUCCUCACCUUCUUCAACUUCAACAUCUUCAUCGUCUUCUAGUCGUCCAGCCUCAUCCCCAACUGUUAUAACAUCGGUUUCUUCAGCAUCAUCUUCGUCAACAGUAUUAACUCCAGGGCCCCUUGUUGCUUCUGCAUCUGGUGUGGGAGGCCAGCAAUUUUUGCACAUUAUCCACCCUGUACCGCCUUCAAGUCCCAUGAAUUUACAGUCUAACAAACUGAGUCAUGUUCACCGCAUCCCUGUGGUGGUACAGUCGGUGCCUGUUGUCUACACAGCUGUGCGGUCACCCGGAAAUGUGAACAACACUAUUGUAGUGCCGCUUCUGGAGGAUGGGAGAAGCCAUGGCAAAGCACAAAUGGACCCCCGAGGCCUAUCUCCCAGACAAAGUAAAAGUGACAGUGAUGAUGAUGACCUGCCAAAUGUGACCUUAGAUAGCGUUAAUGAAACUGGAUCUACGGCCCUUUCCAUAGCCAGAGCAGUCCAAGAGGUACACCCAUCCCCAGUAUCAAGGGUCCGGGGAAAUCGAAUGAAUAACCAGAAGUUUGCUUGUUCAAUUUCACCAUUUAGUAUUGAGAGCACAAGACGCCAGAGACGGUCUGAAUCCCCAGACUCCAGAAAACGGCGAAUCCACAGAUGUGAUUUUGAGGGUUGCAACAAAGUGUAUACAAAAAGUUCUCACCUGAAGGCUCACCGAAGGACUCACACAGGAGAGAAACCCUACAAGUGUACCUGGGAAGGCUGCACCUGGAAGUUCGCCCGUUCGGAUGAACUGACAAGGCAUUACCGCAAACACACGGGAGUGAAGCCAUUCAAGUGCGCGGACUGUGAUCGCAGCUUUUCCCGGUCAGAUCACUUGGCACUGCACCGCCGGAGGCAUAUGCUGGUGUGAGGAAUGCUACCUGUCCAGCUGAGCGUAAGAGCUGGAUCUCUUAGCGGCACCCAAUUCAGCAGGGCUGAAUCCCCUUCACAGUGUUAACGCAAAAGGGCAUCACCAUCCCACGAUGUCUGAAACCAGAGCAGGAAAAAGAAGUAACACUUCUCCUUUUGGUCUGAAGGUAACCCCCAUCACGACUACACGAGAAACGUCUUCACGCUGGCCUGGGAGAUCGGUGACACAAAUGCUGGAGAGACAGGCAUUGUUUUCCAUGCUGUGUACUCUGCCAUUUAAAGGUGUUUGUAGCUUGUACAUUUUCUGAGCUGUCAGACGUUUUGUUAUUGAUACUUUAAAGGUCGUCUACCACAAAUUGAUGGCUAGAACAAGACCUUUCAAAUUUGGAUUAUUCUCCCAUCAUCCCACCCCUUCGCCCCUUUUUACAAAAAGUGGUAGUUACUAUCAGAAUAAGAUAGAACACACAUCCAAUCUGUUACCAGCAAGCAGCAUGAAAGUAGAGAAGAAGCAGCUGUUGGAGAGGUUCCAUUACCUGAAAAUAAAGGGGACUCGGGCAGCCCUUUGCGAUAGUGAUGGCGGCGACUAGCUAUUACCCGCAACUUGUCAUUUUGCCAUGCCCCGAAGAAAACCAACAUUGAAUCUUUCAUUUGUUUGUCGUUGAUUGUUUUUGUUUUGUUUUGAUUCUGUUUUGUUCAUCUGUUCGCGCAGAGGGGCAGCGACAUUUCAGUCGGAGUCUAGUCCUGGUGUCUGCCCUGGCAUGGACUGGCACAGAGCUGUUCUGUAGUUGAAUAGGAAGAGCCUGUCUAAAAAACUACUGCCCCAUUUCAAAUUGCAGUGUUCUGUCACCUAGGCAUCAUCUCUUCCUGCCCCUAGUAUUUGAUUACAAGGAAUCAGGGGAAAAAAAACUUUCUUAGACACACUGGCACCAAGGUAAGAGGUGGGGCUGCCCGGGCAAAGUCAGUGAACAUGAAAAAUCAGACAAAGCAGAGAUGGAAAUAAUGCGCCUCUUGAGGAGAAAAGCAAUAAUGAAUAAAAGGACUUUCCUACAAUAACUUCACUGAGGACUCACGUUACCAAUUUUCAUGCUUACUAAAGGGAUUGUAAAAAACACCCCAGCAUUCUAGAUGUCUUGGUUACAUUUACAGCACUGAGGUAAUCUUUCAGCUGUUUGUUGUCCUGCUUGGUUGAGUACCACAAUUAAAGAUUAUGCUCCCCUUUUCUUGUUUGAAAACAGUUAUUUGGUGACUAGAAAGGCCAGGGAGGCAUAGCAGGGAAUUAACUCUUGGGUUAAUGGGUCAGUUCUCCUUGGAACCGAGACAGUGGGAGGGGAAUGCUCCCUGAGGAAAAGCUGACAUGGUGCUAGUCUCCUCACUUGGAGAGCCCAGGAUAAGUGACUCUCCAGCAGGUUCUUCUACCCAGAUGUCCUUUACUGAACUGGACCAGGACCCCGGGGUUCCGCAUUGGCCUCUGCAGGGGUGUCGAGCCCUCUCAUCUUGUGCUGAGGGCGAGAGGAAAUUAUAGUCCCGUCAACACCCUAAAAUUAUGAGCCUUUUUUGCAACUAGCAAAGUCUACAGUAAACAAAGCAAUACAUCACCAACAAGCAUUCUUUCAGAAAAAUUACCAUAUUUUUCCCCCACUAAAAGCUGUUUUUUCAGCUUUACGUGGCUGAGGGGCUUAGCGAGGUUUUUUGUUAUUAUUGUUGUUGUUAAGAUUUUUUAUAGCUUAGAUAGAAAAGGUUGCCAGCAUAGACCUUUGCAAUAUAUUUUAAUUACAAACACUUGAUUUGGGGAAUUGCACAAAUUAACCUCACGAUAUUACUAGCUCAUUUUUAAAUGUUUGAACAUUCUGAAAUAAUUUCCGGCUACAGAAUUAUCCUUUUUUAGGAUCGUCUUGUAAUUCAGAUAAUCUUAUUCUGAUGAAGCAAGAAAGAGCUAUAAACACUGAAACAAGGACGAUUUGUGUUGGAUGGUAUUAAAAGACAUUUUUUAAAUGUUCAAGCAACAGCAUAAUGAUUUUCAGGUCAAAUUCUGUCUUCAAAAAUAUGUGCUCUAUAUUUUCUGCCAGGUCUGAAAAAUUCAUCAGGCAAUUUCCCUCCAACAAGGGCUGCAGUUCUAUUGAUAAAUAGCUUCUUUGACACAAUCUACUUACUAAACACCAAGCACUCGGUUUUUUACCAACUGGAAAGUUUUUUAUCUGUACUGUAUGCAACUCCUACUUCUCAUUGCCUAUGACAUUCAAAAUAGAAAAAAGGCUUCUUGAUGCAUGCCAGCGUUGGUUACUAAUCAGUGGCAAAGAACACAGAGCAGGGAACACAGCCCUGAAGCCCUCUGUUGCCCUAGAACCUAGCUGCCAGCCCAGUAGGUGAGUCACUCAGCUGAAGUGUAGACCUGAUUCCAUUCUGCUGCUCUCAGAAGAAGGGCCAGACCUUUUCUUUGCUAAGCGAGGUCUUGAGAGUGUUACAGGUAGAAGUGGUUUUUAGGUUUCAUAGAACUGUCAGGCAGUGGGAGCUUCCUGAGUGACAGCUUGACUUAAAUUUAGCACAGAAUGAAAGCAGUUGCUGCUCUCUAAUAACAUAAGAAAGAUUCGGGGAAGUGGGUUUUCUCCUCACCCCUUGAAUGUGGAAACCAGACUGAGACAAUAGAUUAACUUAUAAAACCUGUCAGCGUUACACCAUUUCCCCUUUUUGACAUAUUGAUAUUUCUAAGGAGGAAUCCAAGCACAAGACGUGAAUGAGUGACUGAUGUAGCCCCAGGGCUGAAACUUAUUUGGGGCUGGUUUGAGUAGUAAAUUCUCCUUGAUGAAUUUUCUACAUGUGUUUCCCCAUGAAAAGGAAAGUGGUUUGGGAGAGAUGGAAUUGGAUUUUUAAGUAGGAAUAUCUUCAGGCAUUUCAUCUGAUGUCCAUUCUAGCCUCUUGAAAAAGCACAGUGGAUGAUGAACAGGACAGGACAGAAUCCAAAGGACUUGUCUGUGGUCUGCUAACUAGAAACAGACUUUGGUUUGCUACUUGAAGCCUUUUGAUUGGCGGCUGGGCACAUCUAUGUGCUGGGGAAUUCUGCACUAGAAAGGCAAAGAAGCUGCAGUAGGCCUGAUCCUCUUUACAUGGUAGAGAUUGAGCUCAAGGAAGGUGACAUUAUUUGAAAAGUUGCGCGGUUCAGGCUUUAAGGUUCUAAUAGGUCUCCUCCUCAUAUUCUUUAGUCAUUUGGGAAAAGAUUCACACUUCCCCAUCCUGUCAAUCAAGUGUGGAUUCUGAGAAGCCUGCAUGAUAACUUGUCUUAAGUUCUAUUAAGGCAUUUAGGCUGAAAAUCCUAAUGACUUUACCAGGAAGUCUAUACUACUGCCUGACAUUACUUUUACAAAACACUAUAGGACAUUUAUUUUCAAAAGCAGUUGAAUGACAGUAACAUCAACCAUCUUUAAAAAAAAAAAAAAAGCACUUUUCAUUCACUUUAAAGUUUAAGUGGAAAUAGGAAGAAGAUUGUUGGGGUGGGGGAGAGCUUACAAAAUGCUACAGUGUUUACAAAUGCCAGUUCUAGAUGAUUAGAAAGGCCAUUUUCAUUAUGGUUAAAAUUUGAAAUAGGUUAUAUGAAGAUUACAUCCAUUUUUAUACAGCUUUUUUAAACUUCAAAUUGCCACUUGUGUUUUAAACGGAAAUAGAAUUUUGCACUUUGAAAUCAGUUCAUUAGAUGAUAACAUGUAUAUGGAUAAAGAUGCAGUAUUCCUUAUUCUGUACUUCAUUUAUUAUACUUACCAAAGCUGCAAUUGAAUAAAUCUGGUGAGGUGAGGCCUUCAAGUGUAUUACGCCUUUGUUAUGUUAUUAAGACUGCUUAGAAAUGUAGCCUUGAAGUUAUUAUAAGGUGUCUUAAUAUUUAUAGUAAGCAUUGACAGAAUUUAAGCAGUGUUAAGAAUACCAGCAUUCUUGAUACAUUGAGUUACGGUCCUUCAUAUGAGAGGUUGAACGUGAGAUACCUUCUGAAUCAUCGUAGGCCCAGAAAGCCUUAAUACUCAUAGUCCAUAAUCCAAUCUCACAUUUUGCUCUUUACUAAUGCCUGUAAAUUUCAGAGGUAAAUGUAUUCUACAACUUCAUUGACCAAAUCUCUUCCUUCUGUCUUUCUGAGGUAGUUAGUAUUUCUCAUUAAAUAAUCUUUGGAUUUGAUCUGGUUUUGUUUAGAAAAGGGGUUUAGUAAGUCAUGUCUUCCAUUUACAUUUCUACUUAUCCCCAUGCUGCCUUCCACUUACUUGUCUAGGCACCCCGAAACCAUGCACACCUGUAUACACACUUGUAUAUGCAGCAGCCAGUGGGCUAAUAGAUGUCAACAAAGAACUUUUUUAAAAGAGUGAAUUUGUAAUAAUCCAUGCUGUUUAGAAAUGUAAGCUAUUUACCUUAUUAGGGAAUCAGCUUAUAAUGCUAUAUUAUGACUUUGCCUGCAUUUUAUAGUUGAGAAGUGUACAUAAAAAUUACAAAUGCUAUAUUUUCACAGUUUCAUUAUAGAAUAAUGUCUGUUUAGCAACCCAUGUCCAUUGGUACUUUAAAUAUGCUAAAUGCUGUGCACUUGCAAUAGAAAUUCAGAUUUUCAUAAGAAAAUGAAAUAGGAUACUGCAUCUUAAAAAAAAAGAGUGGAGAUAUUUUCCUGUAUUCGUUACAUAUGUCAUAGUGGAAAAAGUAUUUUCAGACUCACAAUUUUACAGAGGUUGUAAAUAGUUUGAUGAAGUAUGUUGGGGAAAAGAGCUUCUAGUUUUCAUCACAAUAAAAAUAAAAAAAAAACCUUGUUCAGAUAUGCCUUGUAUAUCUUACCAUGAGUGAUGUUGCCACAGGAACUCUGUUCCCAAGUCAUGUGGUCUAACACAAUGGAGUGGCCACUUGUCUCAGUUUAGCCAGGAUGGUUUAAAUCACAAUGAAGUCUUUUAAGUUGGAGGCAACCGAUUCCAGACUCAAAAGGUUUUUGCCUGUAAAGAGGAAGACAGUUGCGAAGGAUUUUGCUUGUGCUGAAGAAAAGCAUCUAGCAAUUGUUAUCUUCCUCCUCAAUGAAGUUGGUUAUAAAAUUAUACAGGUGUUGAUUCUUUUUAAUUCCAGAGGGAAUACUUUUAGGUAUAGCAACAUGUUGACAAGAUUAAGUGCUAUGGAUAUGGCCACAUGUUAAAUGAAUCUGUACUGGCAAUAACAAUAAGCUAAUGCCCAUUUUCAGAAAUGAAUUAAAAGCUGAAAGUGCCUGUCAAUAAACAUUAUGACCAAUGAGAUAUUCCUGUAAUUUUACACAGCAAUAAUUCUUCAUCAGACUGGGUUUUUCCUCUACAUUUGGGAAAUGUGCAUACACACACAGACACACACACACAGUAAAUAUAUGCAUAUAGUAAAUUACAUCCAUUCACACACCCACUAAAUUUUUUUUGUGUCUCUUAGGUAUACCUAAUGUUGUUUAUUUUAGCAUUUCUAAUUUAGUCACCCUUACAAAAAUGUAAGAAUGUAAAUCUGAACAUUAAGGUGAUCUUCAGUGUAUACUGUGGAGUGUGGCAAUUAUCAUUUUGAGAUAUAAACGUCACUGUGAUUCGCCCCAUACUUGUGAAGCACUGUGUGUGACUCAAAAAGUUUUGUUCAGCUGACAAAAGCCAAUUUAUUCAGAGCAAAACACUGAGGGAUAUUGUUUGUUUUGCUCUAUUUUAUCCACUAAUAUCUAAUAUACAAACCCAUCUCUGCAUUUCUUCUUCAUUUCCUUUCCCCUAAUAUUUCCUGUUAUCCUCUAAGAACCAUUUGAAAUGAAUAUUGACAUGAUUAUUUCUCCCUAAAAAGUCUAAUAAAGUACAACUGACACUUAGUAAGCCUAGCCUUUUAAUAAAGGUUUGCAGAUUUACAUACAGAAUUUCACAAUUUUUUCCUAUAAUUAUUUUAUUGCUAAAAGUGGAGUCAUGAAUAAAAAUUAAAAAUGUAAUUAUAGAAUAGACAAGCCCUGGAAGUACUCCAGCCCUACCGUCUCUCAGAACACAACUUCACCCAAACAAGCUGUGGAGAGCUAUCAGCAAAUCACACUCUUCCAGAGCCAAACAUUUGGUAAGAGCAACUUUAAAAGCAUAAUUGUGAUUACACACUCAGACUCUGGAUGUGAAGACUACCACAGUGGACACUGGGCCACACCCCAGACCACAGGCUUAGGAGACCAUCAACUGUUUCUCUUCAGAAUGGAGGAAAUUGGCCAGAAUAGGGUGUAAAAUGACCAAUUAAUUGUCAAAGGAGAGCUGCUGGGUUCCUUAAUCUCACCAAAGUCUAGUCUUCUAACCAGACUGCUUUCUGGAAGUUGUCUGAGAAUUCCAAAACAACUUGAAAGGUCAAAAAUUCAGCAAACCAUGAACAUAGUAGCUGUUUCUUAUUAAAUACUAUGUGCCAACAGCUACCCUAGAUGAUUUUUCAACACAUGACCUCUAAUAUGUACAAUGGUUUUACAUUUUAGAGUGGGGGACUGAGGCAUGGAGACUGUGACUGAGUUGUCCUUAAACCCAGAAAUAGUGAAUGGCAGAUCUGGAAUGUGAAUUAGCUUCUCUCUGGCUCUGGGGGCUGCAUUGUUCAAACUACACCACACAGGGCGUGUGUUCCCACCAGCCAGCUUUCUGUAUUUCUAACACUUAAAAUAGUUUUAUUACGGAUGCAUAGUCAACUAUUUUCCAAGUAAGAUAUAGGAACAUGCUAUAGCUCAUGAUCUGACAUGGGUACAGAAUAUUUGAAAUCAGUCACACGUGAAAGAUCAUUAUAAACCAACAGCAACAGCCAGAAGUCUCCCGGAACUUGUCACUCCCCUCCAAAUGUUUGGCCUGGAGAUCCAAAAUCAUCAAAAACUUUUCCCUACUCCAUAGCAUUUUAGCCUGGGUGAGUUUUCUCAAUUUCACGUAUUUCCUUGUAGGUAUAGUAAAAGCCUUUCCACUUAUGUAGAUCUGCUAAAUUCUGCUUAAGGGGCAUUUGAAAUUUUUGCUUCCACAUAACUGAUUAAUAACAGACCUCAGGGUCAUUCAUAGGGUGGCAAUCCCAAGCAUUCAGAUGCUGAGCAGGAGAGAGAAGGGAUCAUUCCUUUUCAGAUUUCUCAUCUAACAGCACCACCUUGGAAUGUUUUAAGUAGUUUUAUAAAUAAUUUGCUUAUAGUAUUGUUGUUAGUUUCAUUGAAUUUUAUGUAAGAAGCUGUCCAACACCAGAGAAAUGAAAUCGCCUCCUGUUCUGUGUAGAACAAGGUCUUUGACAGUCUUGAUUCAUGGAUGUACUAAUGCACUUAGAAAACAUUAAGAGAACAUCAUUUCUCAUGGUUUUUCUUUUUCGGAAAAUGAAUCUCCUGAAUUAUGAUCUUUCUCCCUGUUACUUGACUAAGAGAAGAGAUAAAACCUGUAUAAACAGAUUCCCUUCCAUGCUGAAAGCAGUGUUUCUGUGUGCGCAACUCAUGGCAGAAACGGGCACUUCUCGGUUAAUUAGGUUUCACAAACAGUAAUUUCUCAACAACAAAACCACAGCUUUAAGGGAGUUGAAAAGAGAUGAAUAGUAGAAAUAGUCACAUCAGUGCUUUAUUCUUUCUGUAGUUCAUCUCUAGAAAUUUUAAACGUUUGCAACAACAGAGUCUGCCUUUUGUGCAAAGCAAGAACCGAUGACUUUGUGUUAGUUAUGUCUUGCUUUCUCCAAAGCAGGCAUACCAAGACUUUCACAGAGAUUCAUUUUUGUCGAGAAAUGAGGGUGACUAGGAGGGAAGAAUUUGGGUCAAAUUCUAGUGAAAGUGCCCAAGUAAUCAAAAAGAAAGAUAUUUUAGGGACAUACCAACAGCUUCCCUUUCUGCUAAUUUCAUGCUCCAAAGACACCGCUAAAACAUAGAAAAUUCUUUUUGUGUUUUUAGUUUUCCCAUAGCAAAACUUUGUAAUUACAUCCAGACUACGUUAUAUAUUUUGUUACUCAAACUUUAUUACAUUGGAUGGGUAUUGUUGAACUGGGGCACUGGUGCCUAUAUUCAAGGCUCUUUCCUAUCAACUUGUCUGUCUACAAUUUGUUGUGUUGAAAAUUCAUUUUAAAAAUCACCCUCCCCUCCCCCGAAUGGUAGAUGUUUUAUUUUGUUCAUGUCUAUGUGGGACACAUCGCAUCACAUGGCAAACCAACUCUCCGUGGAUGUGAGAUAACUACUUAAAAACCAGCUUGAAAACAUUGUCUUUUGUAUUAUGUCAUCUUGCAUCAUAAUGCAAUUAUGUGUAUCAUAACAUGCUCAUUUUAAAUAAGAGAAACCAGCAAAUUCAUGUUUGUCCAUAGAAGAAUGUACUCAGAACUUUGUGUUGUGAAACGGUGAGAGCAGACCACCUUUAAGAUACCCACCUGCCACUUAAAAUGACUUAGUUAUAAUUAGUAGUAGUCUAGACAUCGCUCUUGGUGUGUGGGGGUCAAUUUGAAUGUCAUAUUCCUUUGAAUCAAUCUCUCAGUUGUAUUUGAAAAAAUACAUGGGAAUAAGAAAAAUAUCAUCUUUGGCCAAAUCAAGCAGGCAUCUUUUUCCUUUUUCUUGACACUUGGCUCAUUAUACAUGGUGAUUGGAUCACAAGAUCUCUCUGUGUAAAAAUACAAAAACAUCCUUCAGUUUACAAAACAGUUAUUCUAGGCGUAAAGCCUCUGAACAGCAAAUUGAAUAGAUGUGCUGCAUCUGAUUUGCUUUAUGGAUAUAAUUUUACAGAAGAUUCUUGGGUUUCUGACGCCAGAGACCUGGAGUGCCCAGAGGAGGUCCUACACAUUAAAGGAUAACACCCCCCGCAAUGAUACUGGCAAACAAAUGUGUUAAUUUCUUAAGUCUUCAUUUGGGUUUCUGUUCAGAGUUUUAAUUGCGAAUGAAUUUAUUUCUCCAGCUUAUCUAAAGAUCUAAUUUCCCAAUAGUUUCCUCUGCAUUUAUAUACUCUGUAGUGUUUAGGCAACCCCUUGUUAUAAGUUUAUUAAUAUUAUGUAAGUGUUGUUCUUGUAUUUAUGUAUAGUGUAUGUAUUGUAAAUAUACUCAGAGCUUUUUUCCUUUUACUGUAAAAUGGUGAUUUUUUUUUUGCCCUAUGAUAAUGUAAAGGGAGACCCUCCUAAUGAGAUUCUCUCAGAGGAUGAUUAUUCCAGUCUAUUCUCAGAGAUUUAAAUGAACAAGUGUUAUCGUUUUUAAUGGUGUCUCAGACAUAUUCUGUUGGUGCAUUGCUUUUCUGUAUUCAACUUUCCUAUGAAUUGAGCUGUGAACCGAAAUAGAGUUUAAACCUUUAACUGUAUGCAUUUGUAUAAUUAUCUGAAUGAAGGCAUGAAGGUUAAAUAAAGCAUUUUGUAUGGAA